UGCAAACUUCUGCAGGCAAUACAAUUGGGGCAUGGAGAAGUCGGCGAUUCCGUGACAGCUCCGCCAGUGGCAAGAUGGCAGCCUCCUGGUUUCCCUUGCCUCUCAAGUUUCUCCUCUUUUCUCCCCCGAAUCUCGAUGUGGGGCUAGUCAAAUGUGAAACCAUCUUACCUUCCAGCGCUUGACUUCAGGAUAUUUUUUGUAAUGGAUGAUUACAAAGUCUUCCAUGAUUGCAUCCACGGUCUCAUGACCAUCCACUCUCUGUGUGCCCGAAUCAUCGACACUCCAGAAUUCCAAAGGUUGAGAAACCUAAAGCAGACUGGGUUCUGCUACUGGGUGUUUCCUGGAGCAUGUCACAACAGAUUCGAGCACAGCCUUGGAACUGGCUUCUUGGCACGUAAGAUGACUGAGGAGCUGAAGAGGCACCAGCCAGAUCUCCCCCUCACAUCAGAAGAUCUCCUGUGCGUAGAGAUUGCUGGGCUUUGUCACGAUCUGGGACAUGGUCCAUUCUCUCACACUUGGGAGAGAUUUGUUCAAGCUACUGGAAUAUCUUGGCAGCAUGAAGACAUGAGUACAAAGUUGUUGCAAUACAUCAUUGACAAGUAUUCCUUGAAGGGAGAAUUCCUCCAGUUUGGUCUAAGUGAGGUCCACAUCUCCUUCAUCAAGUGUCUCAUUAAUGGGAACAAGAUGACUGAUAAGGGAAUUCAUCCAUUUUGGAAUCAGAAGGGCUUCCUUUGGGAUAUUGUUGCCAACAAGAGGAAUGGGAUAGAUGUGGACAAGUGUGAUUACUUUCUUCGAGAUUCAUAUCACCUGGGUAUCAAGAACACAUUCAACCAUGAACGGAUGAUGAAAUUUGCACGUGCCUUGUUUAUUCCUGGUCAAGGUUGGCAGAUAUGUUUCAGAGAGAAAGAGGCCAACAACCUUCAAGACAUGUUUUACCAAAGAGCUCAAUUACAUAGAAGGGCAUAUCAGCACAAAGUGAACUGUAUCCUAGAAUGCAUGUUCAUAGAUGCUAUGCUGAAGGCAAAUGACUCAUUCACACUAUUUGAUCUCUCAGGGUUACCCAGUUUUGUGAGUGAUGAGCACUACUGUCUCAGGGGCAUUGUGGUAGAUUUUGGGAUGAAGCAAGAAAACCCUCUGCAGAGUGUUCACUUCUAUGUGAAACAUUCCCCUGAAAAGCCUUUUCAUCUCCCGAAUGAGAGCUUGUUUCUUGGUCCGAAGCGGUUUCUGGAGGAGAAAGUUCUGCUUCUAUCCCGCACUGAAGACCCAGAGAUCAUCGCUGCCCUUCAGGCUUCUUUUUGCCAAACUAUUGGGUCUCUUGGCCUGAUUGGAGGCUAUUGCUCCAUCAAUGGAGCAGAGCAUUGACUAAUUGCAUUGAUCAGUUAAUCCAACCCAGCCAAUUAAGUUUUCAGCAAAAGGAGGAACUUGGAUUGGGUCAUACUCAGGAAAGCUUACAUAAGCCUUAGUGCUGAUUCUGAUGCUGCUGCACCAGUACUAUUUUCAUGGGCGACAAAUAAUUUAUUUGUUUUUGUCCUUUUAUGUCUGCACAACAAGCAUCUGACUGGUUUUUGUCAAUUCCGUCCUAAUUGGAAAGCUUAUAAGAGCACUUGCUCUAUGAGAUCUCAGCUAUUGCAAUGGGAGUAUUGGUGGGCCUGUUAUAAAAUAUCUUUAUUGACUGUGCAACUGAAGAAAGUUGCUACAAUAUUUUGAAUAAAUCAGAGGGGUGCCUCCAUUUCCAUUUUCCUUGAGGCUUUUGUAGAGUAGGAAUCUGCUACUUCUGGUAGUUAUAGGAGGUUGUGUUGUCCAUUUCAACUAUGUACAAUUUAUAAUCUCCAGGGGGUGAGGGGGAAAAAUUGUGGCUUAACUCUUUCUUCAGAAGUUUUCAUUUUUUCAUUUUUUUUCAGGGGAAAGAUUGUUGGAAAUUCGAAGAAAAGUGACAACCAUAACACUGAAGGGCACUUCAGUGUCUAGCAACUAAGAUAGAACUCCUAAUUAAAUUCAUACUAUGUUAGCCUAUUGGACAAUUCCAUCUCAAGUAUAUGGCAGCAUUGUUGCAGAGAUUACCAAGUUAUGUGAGAUUGACAAUGGAUUGAAGCAGCAUUUCCUUUGUUGGUUGGGUAUCAAGGUAUGAAAUUUCUCAAUUUCUGAAUCUCAUGGUUUAGUGCAACUUGAAGGUCUGGUCUAUGGAAGGAGAGGGAGUAAGCACAGUAAAAAGAUUAACUAUUCCUUUUUGAAGUGAAUAGUCCUGUAUUAUUUGACACUUGUUGACUUGUUAUUGGUCCCGGUGUGAAAUUCCAAAGCCCUUGAAGUUUUUCAUAAUUAUUUUUUGUGAUAGCACCUGAGGAGUGUACUUGGUCAUCUGUCUAGUCUGGAGUUUCACCCCUGUGACGUGGCAUAUUGAUAUAGAUCCCAUUCAGAUCACAUAAGAUAGUGUGUUUUUGUUUAAUUGUUUAUCAUAUGAUUGAAACAGAGUAAGUUCUGUUAGAUGGAGUGGAAGGCAUAAGGGAUCACUUCUAAAUUCAGUAUAAGUUCAUUGGCCUUGACAUUUCCAAUGAAGCUAUAUCAUUUGGCAUAUACUGUAGCAAAUUGAGAUUUUUGCUAUUUAAAGAUAACAUUUCCCUCUACUGUAUACAUGAAUAUUCAUGGAACUAAUGUGGAACUGGUGAAUGACUGAAAAAAUGUUAAUGGUGUGCAUUCUUUGUGAAUGGACUUAGGAAUUUGCAUACUGCCCAAAGGCUUUACAAUUAAGUUGUUUAUCUGGGGGCUUCAGAAUGCAUCAAGCUUUCCAUUCUGUCCUCCACUUUGGUUUUCAAUGAUGGCAGUGAAUCCCUCAUCCGCAUUACCAAAAAAAUUGUUGGGAGAAUGUCGGAUCACAUUCACUGAGAUCAUACAUCCAUAUAGCAGAUGUUGGGCUCACCAAGUAUUGAGUGUUGUUUUCCUCCAUCCCCCCCCUUGCAGAAAGACAAAUUUCAAAUGGCAAGCUUGCAUUAUUACAUGCAAAAACUCUGACAUCUGGUCCACAGGCACUUGCUGUGGAAGGGGAAAGAAAUUAUGUUCUACUAAUUUCCAAAUGGAAUAAAGCAAAGAGAGAUGUGGCAGAAUAAGAGGAUUUUGUUUUUUGUUUGGACAGUUUUGUAUUCACUUUAUUCAUUUACCAGAUUCUAUCCUCAUUGCAUAGACAAAGUUUGGAAGUUGUGAUCCCAGUGAAGCUUUUGUGUCGAUUUGGUGAACUCUGUCCCUUGGUUAUUAAGGCAUUGUGACAACCCUUGAGAAGCAGGUUGCUACACCAUGAUUACCACAUGAAUCUCAUCAGAAGUCACAGUUACCAUUGCGAUGUGAUCUUUGAGCUCUUUUUUUUUUGGAUUUCUGUUCUUCGAAUCUGUCAUCCUUUUUUUUGCUCAUGAUGUGCAAGAGCUGUAUUGGUUGUGUUCAGGGG